GCAGCAUGAUUGAAUUUGGAACACACUAACCCUACAAGCGUGAUAUAAACACAGUGAUAGUCCUCGGCCGACAGCCUGCUGGCCUGAAUAGAGUCGUCACAGAAAAAGACAACCGUCCAUUGGAAACAAAAAAGGCAGAACGAGAGAAGAACUUGAAACGAAAACAGACUAACUUAACCUAUGUUAUACCAAUUGGGAGCUAUUCAAUUGGAUUAGUACGGAUCUGAAAACAUUAUGGAUAUUAUUAACGAUAUAAACGGAUAGAACAAGAAUCAAGUGAUGUAUGGAUUAACGUUACUUUAAAGGUCAGAUGGGGACUAUAUGACGACACAUAGUGUAUUAUAUAACGCGGGUUGUCUUAAAGCAGCUAUUAGGAUUAAAAUGAUUUCUAAAAGACGGAUUUACGUCAAAAUGGCCCUACUGAGGCCGAUUACCCUAAUAUUGGUGUUAAAUGUAGUUGUUGUACAAUGUACCUCGAGCUCUUCCUCUAUGGCUAGACUUAUCAGAGGUACCGUAUGUGAUAAAAGAGGGCAGCAGGUGUCUCAGUGUAACUGCACAUUACGUCAGGGGGCACAUGGUACUUCAGACGACACGUUCCUCGUGGACUGUUCAAGCAGGGAACUUUUAAAUAUACCUGCAAAAUUUCCAUCCAACACAUUAGUAUUAAACCUACUUAACAAUUCCCUAACAAAUAUACCUAGUGAAGCGUUCCUUGGGUUGAACAGGCUACAGAGUUUGUUACUGCAAGAUAAUUUUAUAUCGGACAUAAGAGCUGACUCUUUCUUAGGAUUAAAUCAACUAACACAAUUAUAUUUAAAAAACAACACAAUUAGAGAAAUUAAGUCUAGGACAUUCGAGCAUUUGCCAAAUCUUAGAAAGUUGCAUCUAGAGGAUAAUUUCGUCAAAACAAUAGCAGGAGAUGCUUUUGUUGGGUCACCUAAAAUUGAAGAAAUUAUACUUCGUAACAAUCCCCUAAUAUGUUACUGUAAUGCAAAGUACCUGAAAGACUGGUGGUCCCAACAAAAGCAGCUCUUCAUCAUCGGUGCACGCUGCAUCAACCUCAACAGUCAGAUACUUGUACAGAUUCAGGACAACGAGUUUGGAGAUUGUCCAGAUCCUGGAUGGAUUCAAUGUUACAAUUGUGUAAACAGGACAAGUGAUGGCGAAUGUAUAUCGAAAGGAACGAUACAACAAUGCGCAUCAUACCAAAAUUCCUGUGAGACAAUUACUCGGGUGGUAAAUGGGGAGUUCACUUUGAGCAAACAGUGCCAGGAGGGAGAGACCUGUAGCAUUCACAGUGUAGAAAAUUCACGUCAUUGCACGGGAGAGCGCUGGACGAAAUGCAGUACUUGCUGUCAAACGGCACUGUGCAAUUCAAAGUCGGACAUAACAGGGUUUAUCAAUGAAUGGUUUUACAAUGUGACUAUCUACAUUCAAGAUGAACUGUCUGGAGAAGAAAGUAAAAUAAACUCCUUGGCUGCUGAAAUUAUCAGAGUGUUGGGUUCAGCUUCCAAGCAAGUUGAAGGCAUCCAUGUCAUAACCAUAUCAGCCAUAAGCGCAUGGCCACAAAAGAAUGGCAUCCUGCAAUGUGAUGGUGUACUAAAAGCGACUGUUCUGGCAGAUCAAAUAGUGUGGGGUAUAGCAGCUACCAGAGAUAAAAUGUACCAUGCUUGGCUCAAGUCCCUCACAAGAGGUGAUCUAGACACCAUUAAUAUAGACCGUGAUUUGGGAUUUGCAAUUGAACGCAAUGAUCUAUGCACUGCCAACUACACACAGGAUCUCAAAGGUGUGUUAUACUGGAAGAGUAUUGAAGUUGGUAAGGAACAGUUUGUACACUGUCCUAAUGCUACCAGCUUAGAUGUGUGGGCAAGUCGCAAGUGUCUUCAGGGGCCCAAUAAAGCAGUCUGGGAUGAUGCCAAUACAGUGAAAUGUCGCUAUGAGAAUGCAAGAACUGAAGAUCUGGCCAACCUAGCAGAUACGGUCCCAAAUAAAGGCAAUGCAGAGAGUAUUAUGGAUACUUUGGCCAACAUCUCUAAACAAGCGCCAGAUUUCAAUCACCAGGACAUCAGCUACACAGUUGCAGUACUUGAGAAUAUGGUAGAUAGUAGUCUUUCUGGCAUCACUGUGGCGGUCGUGUCAGAUUGUGCCUCCGUGAUCAGCGAUCUUCUCAACUCUAACCCUGACGAUCUAAUCACAUCUCAACGUAAUACACAAUCGCUGCGUAGACUUGUCCAAUCUGUCGAUACAUUCCUUGAGGAGAUUCCGGGGAUGGCAACAAUCGUGCAGCCAAACUUUGGCCUGGCUGUGAAUGACGUCAACCCCACAAUGUUCAGGGGAGCCGUGUUUCAGACGACUCGGCAACCGUCUACAAAUGAAAGAUUAAGUGAGAGCAAGGUGAAAGUGAACUUUAAUGGAACAAGUGGUACAAGCCCUGAUCAAGAGGCAGAUAUUUCAUUGACACUUCCCAAGUCUAUCUUCACUGAUCUAAACAAUACAGUACCUUCUAGAAAUCAGAAGAUAAAGUUUGUGGUCUACCAAUCUGAUAAAUUCUUCAGUGCCCAGCAGGUUGCAAGGUUCAACAGAAGUGAUGUUGAGGCUCGACCAAUCACAGAUGAUGCUGUAACCAUGACAACACAGGGAACUACAAGGUCGUAUUCCUUCAUCAACAGUCGUGUCGUGGCAGCAAGUAUUGGCAAACUUCAAAUCAAAAACCUUGUAGAACCAGUAGUGGCCUCUUUUAAACACAUUGAAGAGUCCUUGUACACGAUUGAUGGAAAAGAACAGAAAGCAGAGACCCCAAGGUGCGUCUUCUGGGACUUUGACCUUAACGACAAGAAUGGAGGGUGGUCAGAAGAGGGCUGUCGGGUACGGAGACAUGUCCCUAAUAACUUUACGGAAUGUGAGUGUGAUCAUCUCACAAACUUUGCUUUACUCAUGGAUGUGUAUGGCAACAUUGGGCAGCUCAGUGAGGGGAAUAAAAUGGCGCUGUCGAUAAUUUCCUACAUAGGAUGUGGAAUAUCCCUGCUGGCCCUGACAGCCACUCUUCUGACAUAUUUAAUCUUCAAAAAGCUGAGGAAAGACAAUCCUUCUAAGAUUUUGAUAAAUCUUUGUGCUGCUCUGUUCACUGCAGUCCUACUGUUUGUCAUUGGAUCAAUUGUCACACAAACUGGCAUUGGUUGUCAGGUAGUAGCUGUGCUAUUGCAUUAUUUCCUACUAGCUACAUUCACGUGGAUGGCAGUGGAGGCAUUUUACAUGUACCUAGCCCUGGUCAAAGUUUUCCAAACUUACUAUUCCAAGUUUAUACUAAAGUGUUGCGCAGUUGGUUGGGGUGUUCCCUUAGUACCUAUAAUAGUGACUUUAAGCAUCUCCCCUGGGCACUAUGGACUUCACAAUGGCAUAUGUUGGCUUGACAGACUGCCAUUCUAUUGUGCAUUCCUGGCCCCUGUUGGCAUUAUCCUGAUCAUUAACCUGAUCGCCUUCGUGCUUGUCAUCCAUCAACUUAUGGGAUACUCCGCUAAAAAACUGAACAAAACAGAACGCAGCAACACAGCAAUUCGUUUACGAGGGGCAAUUAGUAUCGUUGUUCUGCUUGGCUUGACCUGGUUAUUUGCAUUAUUCUCGAUAGGUGGAGCCAAUAUAGUGUUCAGUUACCUGUUCGCAGUUUUUAACUCGCUCCAGGGCUUAUUCAUCUUUGUCUUUUACUGUGUGCUGAAGCGUGAUGUACAAAUGGCCUGGCUGAGGUGUUGUUGUAAAGACCGUGUCUUAGAGUCCACUUCCAAAUCACAUUCUACAGCUAGCAAAGGUCAAACCUCCUCAACUCCUCUCACAAAGGCAAGGUUCAAAGCAGAGUUUGACAAUAAAAAUGGUAGAAAAUAUGUAUCUAAGGGUCAUUCAAACCACAGUGGAGAUGUCAAUCACAGUACCUCUACAGAGGUGACUCGUAUAUAGAAGUGACCCACAUAUAGAGGUGACCCGAAUAUAGAGGUGACCUGCAUAUAAAGGUGAUCCGCCUCUAGAGGUGACUCGUAUAUAGAGGAGACCCACAUAUAGAGGUGACCCGAAUAUAGUGGUAGACACAGCAUCAGUGAAAUCACCACAUAAACUAAACUAUUGAACACCAUACAUGUGCCACCAUGUACACCAAUUGUCCUAAAAAUCAGGCAAAAAAGAGAAAAUGCAAUUGCAAAGGACAAUAACAAUGUGAUGUAUUUCAUGAUUAAUUGAAAGGCGUAAUUGAUGCAUUUAUGUACAUUGGUGAUUAAUGCAAAACAUGAAUAACUUCGGCCCCGUUACAACAUCUUUUGGCCCAGUAUUCUGCAGUACCCAUUAGAAUUGCAGCAACAAGUACACCGUCGUGUGAUUUCUGGAAAUUUUUUACCAAAGUGACAAAUUCUGGAUGACCAGGAUAUGAACAAUGUAGAGAAAGUUAUUAUUGUAAUUAGUAUUAUAAAUAUUGGAUGCAGCGCAUUCUGAACAUGAACUUGUAAAUAAAACACCACACAGUAAGUAAUUUUAAAAAGUACAGUACAAUUUGAGAAAUUCCAAUCCAUGCGAAAUGCUGGUUAUAAAUCAAAAAUAGUUGAAAUGAGCUAGAUUUACAUUUCAAUUUCUAUAGAACAUCCUUAUAUUUGAAUUGAGAAUGUAUCAGAUAGGUAGAACAUAGGGAUACUUACAUUUCAGAAUAAAAGUUGGUCAAAAUUAAUACUGGCAUUAAAUUAGUUACUAAUACAAAAAUAAGACUGUUACAGUUAUAGCAAUGCAUUAAGGUUAAAUACUUAGUACCUCAUUUAAAUUUUUAAUAAAAAAAACAAAAAUGUAUAGAGAAUGGAUGAUAGGAAAGUGACACAUGCAUUCAGAAGGGAGUGAAGCAUUUGUAAAAUGAACUAUUAUGGAAAUAAAAGUCGAUUUUUAAUUCUUGAGUGGAUAUAAAAUGUAUUCACAAUUUAUGAAGAGUUUUACUGUAUAAGACAGGCAUUUAAUAUCACAGGUUUUACUGUAUACAUUUUUGGAAUAUCCAUUUUCACCUGUAUGUAUACAUACCUGGUGAUAUAUAAUAUGUGCAAUUAUGUAUGAAUCUGUUUGUGGUUGUACACUACCCUUCAAAAGUUUAGCAAUCCCAACUCUCCAUUGGAUAGACUGAAAAGCCUAUUCAUUUUUAUUAAAAUAAAUUUUUGCCCUCAAUAUAAUUUAUAGUAUUUAUUUCAUAAUAUGAUGUAUUGGACAUAACAAAACAAUUUGGCCUAAAAUGAUUUUGAAUAUUUUCUAAAAUCGUCAAACAUAAUACAGCAUUUCAUAAAAUAAAAAUAAGUGUUUCCAAACUUUUGGAGGGCAGUGUAUUUUAAUCAGUAAUUAGUAUAUUUGAUCCCUCCAUCGAAUAAGGGUUAUUAUUAUUUAUAUUGUGACUAUUUACAAUUUGCACCAUGACUAUUUAUAAUUUUAUACAUGAAUUUAUGACACGCAUUAUGAUAAAUGAAUUAAACAUCUGCGAUAAGAAAAAUAGUAGCCCUAACAAAGAUUUGGUUAUCUGAGGCUUUUCGUAGAGGAAAGGAUCCAUUGUUUCAAUUUUAGGAUGUGGAAAUGGUACGAUUUACCUCACUUUGAGCAUUGGCUGACCAAUCAGAAUGCAAUUUUUGUUUUUAUGUCAUUAUUCGGAAUAUCUCAUUGUAGCAUACCUAAUUUAAAACAUCACAAGAUUUGAAUUUUUAUGGGUCAUGAUGACCCACUAGGAAUUUAAUUCUGCUGUGUACUUCUUGACCUUUCUAAAAAUAUUCUCGGAAAUCUGAGAUAGUCUUAAACAACACAUGACAUACAUGUAUUAAUUGAAUGAAGUUUUCCUUUUGAGCAUGUAGAGAAGUUGAUAGUUGUAGAUUGGUCCUGAAUAAUGUUGUUCCAUGUUUUUGUUAGGAGUACUAUAUUAUCACUGCCAUAUUUUAUUAGGGGCACUAUAUUAUAACACUGCCACAUUCCUUAGUAAAAGGUUGCGGCAGUCAUGAUUUUAUUUAGAAAUAAUAAUACUGUAGAACGAACAGAUGAGGUAUUGCCGAGGUUAUUAAUUAACCGAGUUUUAUAUUUUAGUCCAAAGCAUUGUAUAGAAAAGACAUCAAUUAUACAUAGGAUUAACCCCAUCAUUAAAUUUCAAAUUCCUGUAUACUAGGAAAUUUUCAUCUGUUUAAAGAUAUUGAGAAUUAGUUAUGAAUUUAAUAAGAAAAAUAUUUUAUAUUUGGCAUUGCAUAGUGAUUUUACCGGAGUUUCGACCAUAUCAAAUGAAUGUCUUACUUUUAAAGUUGAACUUUAAACACAAAUCUUAAUUAUACAUGAUUUUAGAGGACUUUGAAAUGGUCAAAAUUCUAAUCUAAGGUGGAACACUGUUUAUAAAUGAUACAUAGACCAUGUUCCACCUUAAUGGUACAAAUCUGUAAAGACAAUACAACAUAGUUUGAUCAUAUUUGUUGUAUUAAACAACCCAGUAAGAAAACAUGUUUUUGGUUUGAAUCUUUAAUUGCAUUUUAUUCUCUUAAGUAUCAACAUGAUACAUUUGCUUAAAUAAUAUGAAUUAAUACUUUAAAGUUCAAUUGAAUUAAAUGCAAAUCUGAUCCUUAAAGGUCACAAUUUAUUUUUAGUAUGAUUUCUAGUAUUGGCCAGUAUGAUGUCAUUGAUGAAAGAUGUAUUUAUUUAUGUUGUAUUUUGUGGAUAUAAAUAAACUGUGAGAUGCUAUUUCAUCAUGAGAAUGUAGUUAAUGUUACUUAGACUGGAAUCGGGGUUCCAAUCAGCCGUUAACUGAUUUUUGAACACGGAUUCUUCCUUUGGGAAAUGCAUCCUAGAUCUGGCCUAUAUAAGGGACAAGGUCACUAUAUCUGAGUACAUUCACAAAUGC